AUGAUUGUCAAACCAUUAUGUCUUGUUUUUCUGGCAACAGCAGUAUUAUGCCAACCUCUUCAUUUGGCACCAAAGGUGAACAGCAAAGUAGAUGUGAACGCAGAUACAGGAGCUAAUGUAAAUGCAGUAGCUAAAUUGAAGUCGACAAUUGAAGUCAACGCAAAUAAAAAAUCAAAUGUUGUUAUUGAUGCAAGGGACAAGACAAACGUCGCUGCAAAUGCUAAAGAUUUGUCUAAUCUACACAUCAGAGGAAGAGUACAUUCCAACGUAGAAGCCAAUGCAGACUCUAAGUCCAACACAAAAAUUGAUGCUAUCCAUGGAUCAGAGGCCAAUACCAAUGCCAGAAACAGUGCCAAUCUCGACGUACUUAGUUUGGACGCGUCUCGUGUCAGUGCCAACGCCGAUACCAAAUCCAGCACUAAGAUUGAUGCUAACCGGGAGUCUCGAGUAGAUGCUAAUGCCAAAAACGGUGCCAAUCUUGACGUGUUGAGCAGUGAAUGGUCCCGGGUGGGUGCCAACGCUGAUACCAAAUCCAAUACCAAGAUUGAUGCUAACCGGGCAUCUCGAGUAGAUGCUAAUGCCAAAAACGGUGCCAAUCUCGAUGUAUUGAGUAGCAAGUGGUCUCGUGUGGGUGCCAAUGCCGAUACCAAAUCCAACACCAAGAUUGAUGCUAACUGGGUGUCCCGAGUAGAUGCUAAUGCCAAAAACGGUGCCAAUCUUGACGUGUUGAGCAGUGAAUGGUCCCGGGUGGGUGCCAACGCUGAUACCAAAUCCAAUACCAAGAUUGAUGCUAACCGGGCAUCUCGAGUAGAUGCUAAUGCCAAAAACGGUGCCAAUCUCGAUGUAUUGAGUAGCAAGUGGUCUCGUGUGGGUGCCAAUGCCGAUACCAAAUCCAACACCAAGAUUGAUGCUAACUGGGUGUCCCGAGUAGAUGCUAAUGCCAAAAACGGUGCCAAUCUUGACGUGUUGAGCAGUGAAUGGUCCCGGGUGGGUGCCAACGCUGAUACCAAAUCCAAUACCAAGAUUGAUGCUAACCGGGCAUCUCGAGUAGAUGCUAAUGCCAAAAACGGUGCCAAUCUCGAUGUAUUGAGUAGCAAGUGGUCUCGUGUGGGUGCCAAUGCCGAUACCAAAUCCAACACCAAGAUUGAUGCUAACUGGGUGUCCCGAGUAGAUGCUAAUGCCAAAAACGGUGCCAAUCUUGACGUGUUGAGCAGUGAAUGGUCCCGGGUGGGUGCCAACGCUGAUACCAAAUCCAGCACUAAGAUUGAUGCUAACCGGGCAUCUCGAGUAGAUGCUAAUGCCAAAAACGGUGCGAAUCUUGACGUCAUAAGCAAUCAAAUUUCCUCAGUAGCUGCUAAUGCUGAUCGUAGAUCAAACUCUAGAGUCUCUGCCAACAGACGGAGCCGUGUUGGGUUAAAUGCCAAUCGCAGAGCUAAUGUCAAUGUUGUAGCUGAUAAUUAG